AUGAGAGGGAGGCAGGCAUUAGGGCUCCGGGGAAAUCUUUAAACUGUUCUCUCUUGCUCGCUCGCUCUCAAUCCUUCCUCGAUCAGUUUAAGCCACUUCAGUUACGAGCGCAGCAUCUAAGCAACUGCAUCUCUGCCUAACCUGCUGCAUCUGCUCAGCCACUCGUCUGCCAAGCCGCUCACCUUUGCCAGCAUGCCGAAAAGAUGCUAACCCCCAACCCCUCCUGCCAGCCUGGCACUCACUGGAUAUUCUCCUCCGGUUACAAUGCGUGAGCCUAUCUGCCUACUCCUCAUCUUCCUACAGCUCUUUCCUGCAGCAGGAGGACAAGUGUUUGCAGGUGGUUGCACAUUUGAAGAGCAUUAUAAUAGCUGUGGAUACAGUGUGGCACUGGGCACCAAUGGCUUCACAUGGGAGCAGGUAAACACGUGGGAGAGACCCCCGCUGGAUCCUUCUAUACCAACAGGUUCUUUCAUGGUGGUGAACAGCUCUGGAUUUGCUUCUGGACAGAAAGCUCAUCUCCUUCUCCCGGUGCUCAAAGAGAACGACACUCACUGCAUCGACUUCCAUUAUUACAUGUCUGGCCGCACCAGCCCCGGCACACUCAAUGUCUACGUAAAGGUGAAUGGGGGGCCCCAGGGGAAUCCGGUGUGGAACGUGUCUGGUGUAGUGACUGAAGGCUGGGUCCAUGCUGAGUUGGCCAUCAGUACCUUCUGGCCUAAUUUCUACCAGAUCAUAUUUGAAGCUGUCUCUGUUAAGGAUCACUCUGGAUACAUUGCUGUGGAUGAGGUCCGUGUUCUGGCUCACCCCUGCCGAAACGCCCCCCAUUUCCUGCGCCUGCAGAACGUGGAAGUCAAUGUCGGACAGAACGCUACUUUCCAAUGCAUCGCUGGAGGGAAAUGGUCUCAACAUGACAAACUUUGGCUGCAGCAAUGGAAUGGACGUGACACGGCCCUCAUGGUGACACGUGUCGUGAACCACAGACGCUUCUCAGCCACCGUCAGUGUUGGGGAGACAUCUCAGCGCAGCAUCAGCAAAUACCGGUGUGUCCUUCGCUCUUCAGGGGGAUCAGGAGUCUCCAACUAUGCAGAACUCAGUGUGAAAGAGCCUCCCACCCCAAUUGCACCCCCUGAGCUCCUUGCUGUGGGGGCCACCUACCUGUGGAUCAAGCCAAAUGCCAACUCUAUCAUAGGGGAUGGCCCUAUUGUCCUAAAGGAGGUGGAGUAUCGAACUACUUCGGGGAGCUGGGCAGAAACCCACGUUAUGGACGGACCCACGUACAAACUCUGGCACCUAGACCCUGAUGUGGAGUAUGAAAUCCGUGUCCUCUUAACCCGGCCAGGGGAAGGAGGAACAGGACCACCAGGCCCCCCUCUUACAACAAGAACAAAAUGUGCAGACCCUGUGCAUGGGCCCCAGAAUGUGGAGCUGGUGGACAUCCGAGCCAGGCAGCUAACGCUUCAGUGGGAACCUUUUGCCUAUUCAGUCACUCGAUGCCAUAGUUACAACCUGACCCUUCACUACAGUUUCCAGCUUGGGGAAGAGCGAGUAGAAGCAGAGGAGUUGGUGUUGACCUCCAGCCAUUACACCCUGCGUGGGUUGCGGCCUCACACCGCUGUCUACUUGCGACUUGCUCUCUGCAACCCUGAGGGGAGGAAGGAAAGUGGAGAAAUUGUGGUGCACACGGAAGAAGAUGUACCUGGACCCAUCCCAUUGGAGUCAAUACAAGGGGGUCCUUUUGAGGAGAAGAUAUACUUGCAGUGGAAAGCUCCAAAUGAGACUAAUGGGGUCAUCUCCAUGUAUGAGGUUUCCUAUAAAGCCGUGGGCUCCCUGGAUCCAAGUGCUGAUCUGUCCAACCAAAAGGGCCGGAUAGUCAAGCUGCGCAACGAAACUCACCACCUGUUUGUUGGGUUGUACCCUGGAUCAACCUAUUCCUUCACCAUCAGAGCCAGUACCAGCAAAGGCUUUGGGCCACCGGUCACUGCGCGUAUCGCCACCAAGAUAGCAGCCCCAUCUCUCACAGACUCUGAAGCUGAAGGCCCCCUCAAUGAAACUGAAACCACAAUUACAGUUUGGCUGAAGCCAGCACAGUCUCGAGGGGCACCUGUGAGUGCAUACCAGCUGGUGGUGAAGGAGGAGAGGGCACAAAGAUCAGGGAGGGCAGCAGAUGGAGGUGGAUGUUUCCCAGUGCCAGUAGGCUACCGAAAUGCCUCAAACCUGGAGUCUUCACAUUACUUUGCAGCAGAAUUAAAGCCAUUGCAACUUGCAGUCACUCAGCCAUUCACCGUGGGAGACAACAGGACCUAUAAUGGAUACUGGAACCCACCUCUGUCACCCGUGAAAAGUUACAGCAUAUACUUCCAGGCCCUGAGUACUGCCAAUGGGGAGACAAAGAUUGGCUGUGUCCGUCUGGCCUCCAAAGCGGCAACUGCAGGCCUGCUUCCCAUCACCCGCCACCCCCCAAGCCAACCAGUCACAGGGGCCUCAACACAGAAUAGCAACACAGUGGAACCCGAGAAACCGGCAGACAGUACAGUACAGACGGCUGGAGUGAUUGCUGGAAUGUUAAUGUUUAUCAUUAUCCUCCUUGGAGCAAUGAUGACUAUCAAAAGAAGAAGAAAUGUGUACUCCUAUUCAUACUAUCUAAAACUGGCCAAAAAACAGAAGGAGACACAGAGCGGGUCCCAAAGAGAAAUGGGCUUGGUGGCUUCAGAUAAGAGCUCCAGCAAACUCAGCUCCACUCGCAAUGAGGACACCUUCUCCAGCUGCCAGGACGUGAAUGGAUUCAGCACAUCCUCUCCUUGCUCCUUCUCUGUGCAAAGCAAGAACCUCCAGGGUAAAUCCCUGCUCAGCUCCUGUUACUCAGUCUCCUCAGACACCGUACCAUCCUUAACCCUUCUAGACAACAGCCAUGUGGAUAUGAACCAGCCAACAUUAACAAUCCAGACCCACCCGUACCGCACAUGUGAGCCUCUUGAGAUGGCAUACCCCCGCGGGCAGCUCCAGCCGGCCAUUCGAGUGGCAGACCUGCUGCAACAUAUCACCCAGAUGAAGAGAGGACAGGGCUAUGGCUUUAAGGAGGAAUAUGAGGCACUUCCUGAAGGACAAACUGCUUCCUGGGACACAGCCAAGGAGGACGAGAACCGCAACAAAAAUAGAUAUGGAAACAUCAUCUCCUAUGAUCACUCCCGUGUCCGGCUCCAGCAGAUAGAGGAGGACCCACACUCUGAUUACAUUAAUGCCAACUAUGUUGAUGGUUAUCAUCGACCACGAUAUUACAUCGCCACACAAGGUCCCAUGCAGGAGACGGUGAAGGAUUUCUGGAGGAUGAUAUGGCAGGAGAACUCAAUCAGUGUAGUCAUGGUGACAAACUUGGUGGAGGUUGGAAGGGUUAAAUGUGUCAGAUAUUGGCCUGAUGACACUGAAGUCUACGGGGACAUAAAGGUGUCGCUAAUAGAAACAGAACCUUUAGCUGAAUAUAUCAUCCGAACGUUCACUGUACAGAAGAAAGGUUCCCAUGAUAUUCGAGAGAUACGUCAGUUCCACUUCACCAGCUGGCCAGACCAUGGAGUGCCUUGUUAUGCUACUGGGCUUCUGGGCUUCAUCAGGCAGGUCAAAUUCCUCAACCCACCAGAUGCUGGACCCAUCACUGUCCACUGCAGUGCUGGAGCUGGACGGACCGGCUGUUUUAUAGCUAUUGAUAUUAUGCUGGAUAUGGCAGAGAACGAGGGUGUUGUGGACAUAUUCAACUGUGUGAGAGAGCUCCGAGCACAGAGGGUCAACAUGGUGCAGACAGAGGAGCAGUAUGUGUUUGUGCAUGACGCCAUCUUGGAAGCCUGUCUAUGUGGUAACACAGCCAUUCCUGUGUGUGAGUUCCGCUCUGUUUACUACAACAUCAGCCGCAUGGACCCACAGACCAACUGCAGCCAAAUCAAAGAUGAAUUCCAGACCCUAAACAUUGUGACCCCAAGGGCCAGACCAGAGGAUUGUAGCAUUGGACUCUUACCCCGCAAUCAUGACAAGAACCGGGCUUUGGAUGUCCUACCGCUGGACCGCUGCCUGCCUUUCCUUAUCUCAAUGGAUGGAGAGACCAGCAACUAUAUUAAUGCUACACUUAUGGAUAGCCAUAAGAAACCUGCCGCAUUCCUGGUGACACAGCACCCCUUGCCCAACACUGUGCCAGAUUUCUGGAGGCUGGUGUUUGACUACAACUGCUCCUCCAUUGUGAUGCUCAAUGAGAUGGACUCCAAUCAGCUAUGUCUCCAGUACUGGCCAGAGAAGACGUCAUGCUGUUAUGGGCCUGUGCAAGUGGAGUUUGUCUCAGCUGACAUCGAUGAGGAUAUCAUCAGCAGAAUAUUCCGGAUCUGCAAUAUGGCCAGGCCGCAAGAUGGAUACCGCAUUGUUCAGCACCUACAGUAUAUUGGAUGGCCAGCAUACAGAGACACCCCACCUUCAAAACGUUCCAUACUCAAAGUAGUCCAGCGUCUGGAGAAGUGGCAAGAAAAAUAUGAUGGGAGGGAAGGCCGGACAGUCGUACACUGCCUGAAUGGAGGGGGCCGAAGCGGAACAUUCUGUGCUAUCUGCAGCGUGUGUGAAAUGAUCCAACAGCAAAACAUCAUUGACGUAUUUCAUACCGUGAAAACCCUGCGAAAUAACAAAGCCAAUAUGGUGGAAACGCUGGAGCAGUAUAAAUAUGUAUAUGACGUUGCCUUGGAAUACUUGAGUUCCUUCUGAUACUGUUGCUUUGGGGAGAGCUGAAACCCUGUGGGGUUGAAGGACAAAUUACACUGUUGAUCUGGACCUUGCCCUGGGGACAAAAUAACACAAACACACAAUCAUUUCAGGCUUCCAUGUCACGAGUGAAGAGGUGCUCCUGCAAAUGAAAAAAGGGGUGUGGAACAGGUACCCCAAUGCCUUUCUGCCACUUGUUACUGUGAAGCUGUUGCCUGACUCCUGACUGGUCUUUAGCACAAACUCUCUCGCUAAUUUACUGAACUUAAUUACAUUCAGGACUCUUUCCCCUUUGUCUGGUUUCAUAUACUCUGCCCUCUAUUUCUAUCUACUUCUUUCUAAAUAUUAUGGCACAAAAUUCAGAGAGAUCCUGAAACCUAUUUGAAAAAAACCCCCAAAAAAAAACAACGAAUGACUCCUGAUUCCAAACUCCAGCACUUAGUGUGAGCAUAGCACCCCCACAACCACGAACGAGCACUGCAGAUUAUUUGCCAAACCGCUGCUCGGAUAUUCCACUGCAGCUAAUAAUAGGGUAAGUUAUGGGUGCCCAGGGUACCCCAGUCCCCCAGGUUGCAGGCGAUGUGGUCUUGUCUUCUUUAUAAUGAACAUGUCUUUAUUUAUUGCUGUAUAUGUCCUGGGCUGUUUGUAUUUUGGGGGGAAAUGUCUUGUAAUGAAGCGUCCGAUACAAUUGUGAUGUCUCUUUUCUUAAUAAAAGUCUGUAAAUGA